AUGGACCAGAACGUCACCAUUCCGUUGGGAAUGAUCUUUGGGACUUCUUACGAGCUCAACAAACGUUUGACUGCUGCAACGAAAAUUCAUAGAAUUCCUACGAGACAGACAAAUGUGGUAGAAUACAUGACGGACGAAGAAGACGAAGAAGUAGAAGUAGAAGGAGAAGUGGAAGUGAGAGCGAUGGACACUGAGGUUUCAUCGAUUUCGAAAGAGAUAGCCAACCUCGACGUGGAAGUUAGUGAUGAUGUCGAUCAGGCCAAGUAUACUUCGGCCCAGGGCGAUCCAGUCAGUAAGACGGAACGGACGGACGGUUUCGCUAUCUGUGUCAACGUAGAUGCAGAGAUCGCGUCAGCAGAUCGAGUAACGCCGAAAGUUUUGGGAUUAGGAAGUGAUAAGAGACUUACGCGGACGUUUGAGCGCGGUAGUCGAGUGAGGCCCCGAGUGCGAGAGCCCCAGCUUAAAGAGCUCAGGCCUCCAGGCCUUCGUCGUAGUUCAUGUGGGAUGAGCACCAAGUUGACGAUCGACUCAGAGAUUAGAGAAGAUGUCGCGAUUCCAAGUGUGGAUUCAGGUUGUGAUGACGAACGGAUGUCGAUUGCCAACCUAGAUAGACAGGAAAGUCAAGUUAGUGACGAGUCGUUUGAACGGAUGAGCAGAGACGAUAAGAUUGAUUGCGUACGAGAACGACGUGAUACGGAGUCACUGGCCAGCGGACAUGGAGUUAGAUUAGGAGAGAGCGCGAUCGUCCCUGCGCCAGAGUCCCCAGUCGAUUCGAUGACGGAUCUAGACGAAGUUCACGGAAGUCAGAUCAGAGCACACGAACCAAGUUACGAAAUAUCGUUUAAGUUUGACGACGACGAGUCGAGUACGAUGAGCAGCGGCCACGAUGGCACCUCAGAACGAGUUUCCUUUGACACGACGGAGUAUGAGAUCAGCGACGAGAGUUUGUCAGACGCGAUGGCAGCAGAUGUGCCCGGAUCGCGCGAGUCUGCAAUGCCAGAGAGUUUGAAAGUUGAGCGAGCGGUUCAUGUUCAGACAGAGACGGUAGAACGAGAGACAGAGUCAAGAGAGCUUAGGCCUCCCAGCCUUCACUCUAGCAUAGUCGAAAAGCAUGUCGAGUGCGCAGAUAGUUCACAGUCUGGUGAUUCAGGUUACAGCGAGCAGGACGCUGAGUUUAGAGAGCUAAGGCCUCUCAGCCCUUGCUCUACUGUGGUUGAGGAGUCUCUCAGCUUCAGUCCUAGCGAUUAUUCGUAUCAGACGGCUGACGAUGACGAGGUUAGAGAUGAGAUUAGAGCGCGAGUGUCUCAGUCGAAAGAUCCUCCGGCAAUGCGGGGUGACCUGUGGAAGAUGUACGGCCCCUGUGGCUACUUCAUGCCCUGGCACACAUUCCCAGUUGUCGUGGAUCCAGCGCAGAGAAGUUCAGAGCAGUUGUUGGGAUGCGAUCUAGAGAUCGAAGCGCCCACGGAGUCAAAGUUAAGCGCAGCGCAGCCACCAAUUCAGAAGGGCGGCAACGUGAUCGAAUUCGUUGAAGCACAACCUACGCGAUCUGUGGCCACAGUUUUAGACGAGAACGAGAGUACAAGGACGAGCAGCUUUUCGUUUGAGCGCAACAUGGCACAGAACAGUUACCCCAACGACGCAGGAAGAGAGGAUGCCGCGAAAGCCUUAGAGUCAGACAGGAAGUUUGCGACGCAGCGGAGAUUGGAGCACCAGAGAGGAAGUCGUGGAUCAGGAGGACUGUUUGUUGAGAAUCACGCAGCGGAAGUGACCAAGUUGAGACGAGAGUUAGAAGUGGAGAGGCGAAGGAAUUCCACACCCCCGUUAGUCCAGGGCACCAUCACCCUCUCAGAGAAGUCGAACGAGAGAACGUUGGAAGUUAAUGCGAGUACGCGAACAGACAAGAGGAGGCAGGUGAACGAAGAUAGAACGACGAGGAAGAACGAUGUCAGAGACGACAACAGCACGGUUACGUUGGCGCGAGUGCAUCAGUCAACGGAUCCUCCAGCCGAGCGCGGUGACUCGAGGAUUACGGACGGUGUUAUUCAUGAAGUUUUCGAGUAUGACGGUAAUUCCAGACGAGUAGCGCGUGAGCAUGAGUUUAAAGAGCUAAGGCCUCCUGGCCUUGAGCUUAGUCGAGUUCUGUGCGACGGAAUUAGUGAGACGUGGACGAGCGAUAGCAAAGAACGAGUGGCAGGAGUGGCCCAGCCUAAAGACCCUCCUAGCAGGCGGAGCAGUCUUUACAUGGAGUCCGAGAGCAGUGACGGAAGCGAGUUCGGGUUCGAAGAGUUGAGACCUCCCGACCCAGACCUUACUUUAGACGAGAAGGGCGGUGUGAGGCAGGCAAGCUCGAGUUUUGACUUGUGGAUGGACUUGGCGAGAGGACAGUUCCAUCGAGAGAGAUCGGCGACGAGAGAGACGGAGAUGCGGAAAGGAAAGAUCGUGGAAAGAGACGAGGUGAGGCCCUCGGUGGCCGGAACCUCAGGGUCUGUGCGAGGGAAGUUGUACUUCAAGGAUGACCCGAUGAUGAGUAGCGAGAGCAGCGAGAGCGGGGUAGACAGAUUGACCUCGGGAGGAAGGAAGUCCAAGAAGACUAGGACUUAGUGGACCAUGUACGAUAGGAUGAGGACGGAAAUUUUGUUUGGAAAUAUUUAUGCGGGGACGGGAAGACAUUUAUGGUUUAACUUUAAUUGUCGAUGCUCGCAGGACGAGUCGUUCAUUCUCAGGGGACCUCAUGCGCAUUGUGAGGGAC